CAUGCAGUGGUUCCGAUCACUAUUGAUUAUUGUUUUGAUUGGCCUGGUAUCUGUCGAUGGUGCGUGGAAACAAAAUCAAGAGUACAAUUACAAUGUUUAUACAAAGACUCUUUCGGCAUCAAAGGACGAAACAUGGCAUGGUGUGAUUUUCCGAGCUCGUUUGACCAUUCGUCCCGAAUCAGAUGAACUACUAAUUGGAAAAUUUAGCCGACCGCAGUAUGCAAAACUUCAAACAUCGACAAGGCGCGCAGAUUCGGAUGUGAACGACUUGCAUUACAACGAUCUUCCCAUGGAGCAACCAUUCAAUAUUGUCUUGAAAAAUGGAGUUGUUAAAGCGUUGCUUGUUAAUCGUCGAUUGAAUGAGGACCAAGUGAAUCAAUUGAAGUUCGUCGUCAAAUCGGUCAUGAACCAGCUUCGACUUGACAGAAGUGCUCCAUACCAAAUGGACGGCGACAAUGCUGCAUACAACGUAAACGAGGAAACUAUGUUUGGGAACUGUGCAACGGUUUACGAAAUUUCGCCAUUGCCACACUAUUUGGCUCAGUCCAGCCGUGAUCUGGUUCCAUUACUCCGAUUACAAAAUCAAGAACAAUAUAUCGACGUCGUCAAGAGCAGAGAUUAUACCAAAUGCUUCCAGCGAAGAGACUCGGAGAGACUCCCUAUCUCAAAUAGAGUUCCAAUAGUCACUGAAGUUAACCGCAUCAUCCUAUCGGGUUCACUAAAUGAUUACACUGUGCAAUCGUCAGUCUCAACUUUGAAAACGGCUGACCGUGCAAGUGGGCGGCUCAAAACAAUAUCCAAUGUCAAUUUAACAUUGGAAUCAUUGGAUACCAACACCAGAUAUUCUCCAAUCCAGGUGGAUGCUCUGAUGGACGUUGAAAACGACUAUCCACCAAGGACUUCGCGUAAAACUCUUCAAAAUGUUCGUAUGAUAAGGACUUCCCCACGGGAAAAUCUUCCAGAUGAAAAUGGUGAAAUACGGUUGUCCAGUUGUUGGAAAUGGUUCCCUUCUACUGACACAGUUUGCUACGGCGAUUUUGGUGCUGAGUGGGAAGGUGUUGAACGAGCUGGAACGUGCGGUUUUCUAAGCCUUGGAAAGAAGGCAAAGUGUCAACGUUCAUUUCCCGGAUGUGAAGCAACAGCCUGUCAUUCAUUCUUUGCACAAGAUUUGUGUAGCGAGUUCGAUGGUCGUCUUCCCGUCAAAAGAGGUGGAAUCGAUAAUUGUGCCCCGGGAUUCUGGAGAAGGAGGUGUUGUCCGAAUUAACAUAAGAAGGUUAUACGCGAUGUGAAAGCUUCGUUGUGAAAAAAGCAGAGUAUGAAGGUUCAGAUUUUUUUAAAGCACAUUUUCUGAAUAAGCAAUAGCAAUUUUCCCAGUAUUUGCAAAUCGAAAUUAAAAUUAGUUGC